GCCGCGUGUUGCUGCCGCCACCGUCGUAGACAGCCGCUGGCCCUCCACUGCACUGCACUGCACCGCACCACCGCGGCUUGCUCGCCACCGCACUUGAGGUGGGGGUUGGCGAUCGACUGGUCGAUGCGAGGAUGAUGGACACGCCGUCGACGACGUGCGACGAGAGCUCGGAGGUCGACGCCCGCGACGACUUCGGGGACAUCGACGACGUGGAGCGGCGGCGCGGGCACCACCGGCGGGAGGCCUCGUCGGACGUGUCGUCCGAGUGCAGCGGCGAGCCCGGGAGCCCGUACGGCUCGCCGUACCCUCGGUGGCCCGUGUGCAGCGUAGCGAAGGCGCCGCCGCCGCCGCCGCUGCUGCAGAAGCUCGGAACGGCGCGGCGCGGCGCCGGCCGUGACCGCAAGGCCGGCGACGGCGAGGUGCAGCUGAUUAAGGAGAGGUUCUCGAAACUUCUGCUCGGCGAGGACAUGUCCGGGAGCGGCAAGGGUGUCUCCACCGCCGUCGCCAUUUCCAACGCCAUCACCAACCUCUAUGCGACGGUGUUCGGCGGCUGCCACAGGCUGGAGCCCCUGCCGGUCGAGAAGAGAUCGAUGUGGCGGCGCGAGAUGGACUGCCUGCUCUCCGUGUGCGACUACAUCGUCGAGCUCUUCCCUUCCAAGGAGAUCAUGCCCGACGGCACCACACGGGAGGUGAUGGCGACCAGACCGAGGUCCGACAUCUACGUCAGCCUCCCCGCCCUCGAGAAGCUCGACGACAUGCUGCUCGAGAUUCUGGACAGCUUUCAGAAGACUGAAUUCUGGUACGUGAACGACAAGGGGCACAAGGAUAGCUGCGCCGCCGCGGCGGUGCCGUGCCGUCCGGUGAGCCACGGCCACCGCGGCGGCGGGGAGAAAUGGUGGCUGCCCGUGCCGUGCGUCACCAAGCCCGGGCUGACGGAGUCGGCGCGGCGAGACCUGCGGCAGAAGCACGACUGCGCGAACCAGAUCCACAAGGCGGCCAUGGCUAUCAACAACGGCGUUCUUGCAGAGAUACGGAUCCCUGAACUAUACAAGCAAACGCUUCCCAAGUGCGGUCGGGCGAGCGUGGGCGACCUGAUCUACCGGCACAUGUCGUUCCCGGGCAAGUUCUCGCCGGAGUACCUCCUGGACCGCCUGGAGAUCUCGUCGGAGCACGACGCCCUCGAGGUGGCGGACCGCGUGGAGGCAGCGAUGCACGUGUGGCGGCGGAAGGCGAGCCAGGGCCACUCCAGGUCCCCGUGGAGCGCCGUCAAGGACCUCAUGGAGUCCGACAAGAACGUGAUGCUGGCGAGCCGCGCCGGCGACGUCCUGCUCUGCCUCAAGCAGCGGUUCCCCGGCCUCUCGCAGACCACGCUCGACGCCAGCAAGAUCCAGUACAACAAGGACGUCGGGCAAGCCAUUCUGGAGAGCUACUCCAGGGUGCUGGAGAGCCUGGCGUACAACAUAGUGACGUGUAUAGACGAUGUUCUUUUGGCCGAUGAGUCCGCAAGAAAGAUCUGAUCAUUUGUUCAUCCUGUUUCUUCCUUGCCUACCUUGGUCCGGAAAUCAAAGUUAAGGGGCCAUGGCCAAUCCACAAAUUGUACAUUAUGCCAUAGCAUGUAGCCAUGUAGGACUAAUGGAAGAUAUCACAAGGAAAGCACAGCACUCUUUUGGCCUAGCUAUGAUAGCAAGCAGUGUUUGGGCCUUUGGGGUUGCAUUCCAAUGGUCCUUGAGUUGGUGUAAUGGAGAACGGAGCCCCAUAACAGGGCUGAAGAGUGGACACGUCUCCUCACAGGCCUAGGAUAGGACGAGAGCUGCAUAGCUCCGGUUGCGCCCCGUCCACCUGCCUUGGAAGCUGGGCAUGAAAGGUUUCUCGCAACAG